AUCCUCAUCAAGUUCUCAGCGUUCUUCACACCAGUUGUUUGGAUUUCUCUCUUUCUUCCGAAUCGUUUUUUUCGUAGUUCGAUCUUCGGCAAUGGCAUCUGAAAAGGCCCAGGAGCUCAAGGACACCGCCGGACAGAAGUGGAACGAGGCCACCGGCGCGGGGCAGCAAAAGACUGGAGAGGCCCAAAAGCACUCACAGGAGGCUGCUGGUGCCACCAAGGAGAAGACCCACGAGGCCGGCCAGGCGACCCAAGACAAAUGGGGUCAAACCAAGCAGGGCACCGGUGACGCUACUCAUGGAGCUCAAGCCAAGGCGGCCGAGGCCAAGGACCACACCGGAAAUGUCUUGCAGCAGGUUGGAGACCAGGUGAAAGGAACCGUGGAGAAGGCCAAGGAGACCCUCUCUGGCGGUGGCAACAACAAUCCCACCAAGUAAAAGUGUGAAUCGAAUCAAUCCAUCGCGCUCUUCAUCACACUAUUGAGGAUUGGUUGUACAAAUAAGUCGCAUAUGAAUAUAAUCUUGUCCCGUGUGUAAAAA